GUUUGAGGAGUAAAAAUAUUCUGGACCUGUGUUGGUGAAUCUUUUGCAAUUUGUUUAAUGAACAAUGAAGACUGCAAAGAAGAAAGUUGUAGGUGGGAUCGGUGUAUUAGCGCCUGGCUGUAGCAACACAACAAGGAGGACUUACUUGGAUAGCAGACGCGCUAGCCGACGCUAGCCGCCAACCGCACGGAUGAUCGGGUGAAGUCCUUCGUCCUUCCGUCGAUCGCUGGAACGCAGGUCAAAUGGACCAAAAACCUGAACUGGUGACCCACAAAGGCUUCAAGUUCAUCCGUGGAACUCACGAUCCUGACGACGUGGACUCUAUUUGUCAACUAGAGACAAGAGAUUCUGAUGUAUUUGUCGUCACCUAUCCCAAAUCAGGAACCAUAUGGAUGCAGCAGAUCUUGCUGCUCCUGGAGGCAAAGGGAGAUGUGACGGCCAUCGGCGCGGCAAAAAGCUCCUCCAAUGCUGAUCUCGUUCCCUGGAUUGAGGUGAUUGGUUCCAGGCAGGCGUUCAUGAAUGCACCGUCACCCAGAAUGAGGGUCUCCCACCUUGCUUACCACUUCAUGCCCCGGGCCCUCAGGCAGAAGACGGGUAAGGUGAUAUACGUGGCAAGGAACCCCAAAGAUGUCCUCGUUUCUUACUACUUCUUCCAUAAACUUGCAAACAUGCUGGAAACCCCUGCAAGUUUUGAAGACUUCUUUGACAAGUUCCUCAAAGGAGACGUGUUUGGCUCCAGCUGGUUCGAGCACGUCAAGACUUGGUAUUUCCACAAAGAUGAUGUCAACAUGCUCUUCAUCACCUACGAAGAAAUGAUUCAGGACCUGAAGUGGACAGUGAAAAGGAUUUCCCUGUUUGUUGGCAAAGAUCUGAGGGAGGAGCAGCUGGCCAAUGUGGUGAAGUUCAGCACCUUCAGCAACAUGAGGAAGAUCCCUCAAGCCAGCUAUGAGCAGGUUCCAGAUGACAUGUUCAACCACCACAUGGGCAGCUUCAUGAGGAAAGGGACGGUGGGUGACUGGAAGAAUCACUUCACUGCGGCUCAGAAUGAGAUCUUUGACAAGGUCUUCCAGAGGGAGAUGAAGGAUUUUCCUGUGUCUUUUAUCUGGGACACUCUGUGACCAGAUGUUCAUCAGGCAAACCAUUUUUACACUUUGAGUCACCUAUUGUUUGCAUUGUAACUAGGUGUGUCCCAUCCAAUAUCGAUAUCAGGAAAAAAACAUGUAAAAGCUUCGAUACAA